AUGUCUCAGGUACUGACCAUAUGUAUGUUGUGUGUUAUAUUCUUUUUUGAGAACUGUUACUCUCAAAAUCCAAACAAUAUUGGAAUGGGACAAAAUUUAAAUGUAAACAAUGGACAAGGUAAUAAUUUUGGAACCAGAGGGCGUUCAUCACAAGGAAGUAAAAGUCCAUCUGCUCAAAGUAUAGGAAUGUUCGGUGGAGAGAAAAGUGGCCAAAAUGGCAACCCAUUCGGAAACCGGCAAAACAGGCCACAGGGACAAUCUUGGGGUGGUGGAAAUAAUAACAAUGGACCAGCAUCCAUGUCUAGACAAUUUGAGCCAAGUGGACCUUCAAACCAAUUCCCAAACCAAAUCAACAUAGAAAAGCUGAAACUUCAUUUACGAAAAGCCCAAACUAUGCAGCGAAAUGCUGGCAAAGGAUCAAAUCAAAUGAAUCGAGGAAACGGACGUGGUCGUGGCCAAAAUCGUGGAAACAAUAAGAGCCCUAAUAAUUUUUCGGCUUCACAAAAUAAUGGGAACAUGAAUGCGAAUAUGAAUGGGAAUUUAAGAAAUAGGCAAUCAUUUCCGUUUAGAGACAAUCAAAGAAAUCCAAAUUCAAACAGUCUAAAUCAACAAAAUUCAAAUCCAAAUGGCCAAAAUUCAUGGAAUUCAAAUCCAACUGGAAAUUCAAAUCAAUGGAAUUCAAAUCCGAACCAAUCAAAACAAAGGCAUUCAAAUCCAAAACAAUCAAAUCAAAUGCAUUCAAAUCCAAACCAAUCAAAUCAAAUGCAUUCAAAUCCGAGCCAAUCAAAUCAAAUGAAUUCAAACGUUCAAAAUCAGUGGAAUUCAAACCCAAACGGCCCAAAUAGCAUGCAGCAGCAACAACAAAAUCAACAACAACAGCAGCAAACCAUGCCAAAUAAUGCCAUGAGUCGCACCAAGACAAACACGAAAAAGCAGAACAAAGGAAACGUGAAUAAAACGAAGAAAACUCGAGCCAAAAAUAGGAAUAACAUGACCAAGAAAAACCCACAACAAAAGCCGCCUGGUGGAAUGGGCAUGAAACCAAAGAAAGUUUCUCCUAGAAAGUUCUAUUGGAAAACUAUUUUCCCAAGUGGCACUGCAGCGGAAGAAAGUGCGGAAGUGCUAUACAGUACUAAGCUGGUUCUCAUCAAUUCUGAGAGUGCACCAGCAAUAGACGAGUUCAACAAAGGGGGCAUUCUCAUGGAUUUCAGAAGGGGAAUGAUGGCAGUGCGCAUGGAUGUAAUACCAGGAACCAAUUUUCCCGGCAUGCCUUUCAACGGACAGCGAGCUUGCUUCCUUAUGAAGAAUAUAACAACCUUUGAUCAAGCGGUGAAAGAAUUACAUACCAGAGGAAAAACAAAAAGAACUCUGGAGAUGGGAGAAAUGAUGCACAUGACGGCCACCGUUAAGAAUCGACUAGAUGGCCCGGCCGUGCGAAGAAGAGGAGGCGUGUUCAUCACCAGAUAUUGCCAAGACGCCAUUAAUAGUAACAAUGUGUAUCUAUUAAUGCCAGAGGCACCAGUUGAGAUGAGUCCGAAGACCUUCCAAAUAUCAGGCCUCAUUAACGCAAUGGAACCACUCUAUCCAAUUCCGGUCAACAUUGGUGUAGAGAUGACCAUCGACUUUGGACCGCCUCCAACUAUGACCCCUGCCAUGAACUUUAACCCUUCAACACCCGGAUGGGGAAGGGGUUGGGGAAAUAAUGGCGGUUGGGGUUAA